UCUCUCCAACCUAUCACCACCACUCUGUCCCCCCUAUUCUGCUCUACCAAGUUUUCUAGUGAUAACUUUUAUCGUUAACUCGCUGGAAAACUUGACCUCAUCUCCAGCAGUCAAUCAGGGUUAGCCCGAUCGAAUCCUCAAAUCACGGGCUGAGACGCUCGCUGACGACAGCUAGUUCAAACGGGGAUGCAUGGCAGCUCUCGAUACUCCUUGGACUUUCUACAUGUCUGAUGAACCGUCAAGCGGGGCCGAGCCCCUGACAGAUCUCCACCCAACGCCGUCAACUAGGGAUCCUAAUCCUCCAACUUUCGCUUCGUUCGCCCCACCGUCGAGUUCCCCCGCUGCACGAUCUACCUUUCAAGUCCACCAGAAGAGCCCUUUGCUCGCUGCUACGCCGCCUCGGGUUACCCGCGCGCUGAGUCGGGCGUUUCCAUACCUUUCUGGAUUGAAUUGGGUUGCUGGUCUGCUCACCUGGACGACGAAGGACCCUUGGGAGAGCUUCCUGGUUGUGGCGGCAUUCUGGGCCGCGGUUUUAUACGGUGACGUAGGGUUGCGCUGGGGCGGGAAUGUUGUUGUGGUGGCGCUCUUGAUCUUGGGGAUGUUUUUGAGGAGGUACCGGGAUGAACCGACGCCGACUACACUGGAUGAGAUACUCGAGACACUGUCUACAUUGACUACUCGGCUGAACAUCUUUUUCGAACCCUUCUUGUCGUUGACGAGAUUUCUGUCCACAACAGUUACUGCGACCACGGCUACGACCCGGCCUGUGCUUACCACGCUGUUCUUCAGGAUACUGAUAACUACACCGAUAUGGUUGUUUUUCACGAUUUAUCCAUUUCAAGUGAUAACCACCCGACGCGUAGUCCUCGCUACGGGGACAUUGAUACUCUCGUGGCAUUCCCGGCCGGCAAAGGUUAGCCGCACAAUAUUGUGGCGAAGCUCACUGAUCCGUGCGGUAUGUUCGUAUGUUACGGGACUUACUCUAAGGGCCCCGUCAUUACAAAUUGACCCGUCAAAAAGCACACCAUUGACUGCUUCGACCACCGGCGCUUCUCCGGGGGUUAAGUUCACGUUUGCAAUUUACGAGAACCAAAGGCGUUGGUUGGGCGUGGGCUGGACUAGUAGUUUAUUCGCGUACGAGCGCGCACCUUUCACAGACGAGCACCUGCAGCCAUGUCCGCAACCCGAGGAGUUUGCACUCCCGGAGACACCGGCUGGAAGCGGUGUUCGCUGGCGCUGGGUCGAGGGGGAGGAAUGGCGGGUGGAAGGUGCUGAUGGCCAUGGGAAGAAGAGUAAGGGACAAGAAGUGAAAGAUAAAUUGGGGGGGAGUGGGGAGGUUGGUGAAGGGUGGGUGUAUUACGAUAACAAGUGGCGGGACGGUCGCAGAGGUGUCGACGGCUGGGGAAAAUACACACGGAGAAGGAAAUGGUACAGAAACGCCGAAUUAGUCGAGGACCUAGGAUCUGACGAUUCCGACGGCGAGGGCGAAGCCGAAGUCGACGCCCAAGAGAAGGAAGAAAUAACAGAAACCGCCUUCUCACCCCUGACGAAUGAAGAAAAUCAAAAGGAGGAACAGCUGUAUAGGAGGACGGAAAACGAGGAGGACGAGGGCGAUGUAUCAAUGGAUGAGGUACCCGACGUGAUCGUUACCUCGGAGGAGGAUGGAACCGGGGAAGAGAAGCAAAAGUAUAUUAUGGAGAAAAAUGUUGUUAGUGGGAAUGGCGCAGCCAGGCCACCGCUGCCGCCGAGGUAACUUGGUUAGUAUCAUAUAAGUUUUGAGGCGGCGGUGGGAUUGACGGGGGUGUUUGGUGUUGGAUAGCUUUAUUUACUUAUUUCCAUA